GUCUAAAUGUUGUGCGUAAAGAAAUUUCUCAGCAAAAGAAGUGAAAAAUGCACAUCUGUUUAAAUUUCUGAACUACAUCAACUUUCACGCUUGUUGUCCUUGGAACAGGAUAGAAAUGUUGAAAAUUACUACAUCUGGUGGUUUCUGAGUAUGGGGAGGGGUGAGAGGUAGGGCAGAUCUGGGAGACUUUGCACAUGCAAAUUUGCAUGCUGCCUUUUGUACUGUGGUGUACAAAUAUCUUGCCCGACACUCAGCUUUUUAGUAUGCAAGAAACAAGAUGGCGAGGAGGCUACAGAAGAUGUUUCGCGCUGAAGAGGUUUUGGACUUGAUUCUGGAGAAUCCCAACCCUUUGGAUUCAGAAGGAGAAGAUAUAG